AAGGGGGAAAAAAAUAAAAAAAAAAAAGAGAGGAAAAAGAAAAGAAAAGAAACCAAAACAAACGCGGGCGAUCCCGAGUCCCCCGAAGGCAGGCGAAGGAGGCGAGCGGCGGGCGGCUGCUCAGCGGUGCUGGACUCGGUGGAACGCGGCGGGACCCGAUUCUCUCUCCGGCACCCGGUCGGGUCUGACACAAAGUGCUGUCCAGCUGGAAUGAAUAUAUCUGAGUCUAACUACUGCCGAGAGGAGAUAUCGCAACCCCGGGGCGACUGUUCAUGGGUCACCGCCGCCGUGCCGGCCGCUGAGCCCGGGCUCGCCUUCCCGCGCCCCCCGGGAGCCGCCUCCCCCUCCAGCCGCACGCCCAGCCCCGAGCCCGGCUUCGCCUUCGGCCCCGGCCCCGGCGGCGCGGCCCCCGGCGCGGCCCCCAGCCGCACGCCCAGCCCCGAGCCGGGCUAUGGAUACAGUCCCCCGGCCGGCCGCCCCGAGGGCAAGGCCGCCGAGGAUUCCCGCAUCCGCCGGCCCAUGAACGCCUUCAUGGUCUGGGCGAAGGAUGAGCGCAAGCGGCUGGCGCAGCAGAACCCCGACCUGCACAACGCCGUGCUCAGCAAGAUGCUGGGCCAGUCGUGGAAAGCGCUGAGCGCCAGCGACAAGCGUCCCUUCGUGGAAGAGGCAGAGCGACUGCGAAUCCAGCAUCUCCAGGAUCACCCCAACUACAAGUACCGCCCAAGGAGAAAGAAGCAAGCCAAGAAAAUCAAGAGGAUGGAACCCAAUAUCCUCCUGCAUAACCUUUCCCAGCCUUGCAGUGACAACUUCAGCAUGAGUCACCAUGGCGGCAGCCAGCCGGGCCACCCCCAGCCUCCCCCACUUAACCACUUCAGAGAACUCCACUCCAUGGGGUCGGAUAUUGAAAACUAUGGCUUGCCAACUCCUGAGAUGUCUCCCUUGGAUGUCUUGGAACAGACCGAGCCGGCGUUUUUCCCUCCGCACAUGCAGGAUGACUGCAACAUGAUGCCCUUUCGCGGCUACCACCACCAUCACCAGAUGGAGUUUCCCCAGGAGAAGUGCAUGGGGCGGGACGUGGCCGUGCCCUAUGCGCAGACCCCCUCACACUUGGCCGACGCCAUGAGGACUCCCCAUCCCUCCAGCAUAUACUACAACCAGAUGUGCUCGGGAACUCAGAACGGGCUUUCCGCCCACCUGGGCCAGCUCUCGCCCCCGCCUGAAGCCCAUCACAUGGAGAGCGUGGAUCACUUGAACCAAACCGAGCUCUGGACAGACGUUGACCGCAACGAGUUUGACCAGUAUUUGAACAUGAGCAGGACUCGUCCCGAAGCCUCGGGACUCCCUUACCAUGUCUCCCUGUCCAAAGUGACUCCUAGAAGUAUCUCCUGCGAGGAGAGCAGUUUGAUAUCCGCCCUGUCCGAUGCCAGCAGUGCUGUUUACUAUAGCCCCUGCAUCACCGGUUAGGUUGGUCCCACGGCACGAUGCACACACCAGGAGAGCCCCGACUCUCCUCUAAAAGCAAAAAACCAUCCUCCUUUAACCACGAGCUCCAUCAUAUUUAGAGUAUCUCAUUAAAUGCAUCGCUUUCUUGUUUGUUCUUUUUUAUUUUGAUUUUUUUUUUAUUUUUUUAGAGACAGAUCAUGCUGAACUCACUGAUAUACCGUAUAACUAUAUAACACAGAUAGACGCCUUUCCCCGCCGCGCUCCCUGCUCCAGCCCUCGGCAGGGCACAGCUCUAGCUCCCACCAGCUCCAAGGGGCAUUUUAAAGCCAAUUCCAGUAAAUCCUGCCUUAAACAACCACACCAGGAUGAGUCGAAGUGACCUGCCCCCAGUAUUUAACCCAAGGGCAGGCGAAUUUGUAGGGGGAGAAACUUUUAGGAAGACUUUGCCAGGGCUGUUAAAGAGUCGGCGCCCAUUAGGGGUGGGCUUUAGGACAGUUUUUACUGUAUUCUCAGCAAUAUAUUUUAAUUGGGCAACAAAACUAUAUUUUUACUAAGCAUUUUUAUAUAUAAAAUGGUAUUUAAUGUCUUUUGGGGUUUUUUUUAUUAGACUUUUUAAAAAGAAAAUGAGGGAUAUCCAUGAGAUCUAAAGCAUUUAUGUAGCAAAGCUGGAUUUAA